AAAAAAAAAAUCCAAAAGAACUUGUGAGGCAUUUACUUUUCUUUCCUUGGCCAUUGCAAUGGGUAUGAAAUGCAGUGCGGUAGAGGAGUUGAAGCAAAGAAGACGAUAAGGUGUUGAAGCAAAUACAUGAACGAAUGCCAAUGCAGGCGCUCCUCCUGGUGGGACCUACCACCACCACUACCCCAAUUAGCAGCAGGUCCCGCCAUCGCCGGUGGACCCCACUGAUCGUCGCAGCAGCAGCAGCAGCAGCUUCUUCAUCCUCUUCUUCGCAGAACCACUACGCGGUGCUCGGCCUUAAUCUCUCCGCCACCCCUGCUGAUAUCAAGAGGGCUUAUCGCCUUCUCGCUCGCAAGUAUCAUCCUGAUGUUAGCAAGGAUUCUCAAGCUCCAGAGGUGUUCAAGAGCAUCCGUCUUGCAUAUGAAGUGUUAUCUAAUGAAACAACUAGAGCUCGGUAUGACCAGGCACUUAAAUUCAGAGAAUAUACUGGCAGACAAUAUAGAAGGCAAAGGAAUGACAACCCUGAAUUUGACAGCGGCCCAAGGAUUUAUAGGUGGGAUGAACUGAGACAAAGAAUGCAACACGAGGGAUAUUGGGAACAUAACAAUUCGAAAGAGGAAAGUUCUUCCUUCACCAAGACAAAAGGAGCAUCUCAAGGAGAAAAUCAAGUACAUGAAAUGGGCUCCUUCAGUGAAGUUCUGAGAUCCUCAUUCAUCUCUCUGUUUCUGUUACAGACUUUUGGAUCGCGCCUAUCUCUCACCUUUAGUAGCUUGAUGGCCUUGUUUGAUAGAAAGCUUGAUGCUGGAUACAAAAUGGGUUAUGUCAUUGCUUGGAUUCUGGGUGGAAGAGCUGGCAUUUUACUUACUUUGUGCCUCACGUUCGCGAGCUGGGCUUGCGGAAAAACCAGCAGCAGCAUAGUUGCUCUAGUCGUGGUGGCCAUGUGGGUCGGCACGAAUCUCGCAAGGUUUGCACCACUUCCACAGGGUGCUCUUCUAACACUACUGUACAUGUCUAUUAAACUUCAAGUCGAUUUAAACUAAGCCAUUGUUGAAUAUGUUUCUUCCAAUGACAAAUUUGUAUCUUCAUUUCUGUACAAUCCAUGUACAUAUUUUCUGUCUCUUUUACUUUUCCCCAAAAAGAAAGAUUA